UUUGGCGCGCGCAUGCCCAUGUUGCCUCUUUUGGAUUAGUUUCCAUCUUGUACACAUCUUGCAAGGUAAAACCUUAAUCACACACACAACCAUGGCUGAUCUUGAAGACACCCAAUUCCACACUGGAGACUCCGGUGCCUCUGCAACAUACCCAAUGCAAUGCUCGGCCCUGCGUAAAAACGGUUUCGUCAUGCUCAAAGCCAGACCCUGCAAGAUUGUCGAAAUGUCCACUUCCAAAACUGGCAAGCACGGACAUGCUAAAGUUCACUUUGUAGGAAUCGACAUUUUCUCAGGCAAAAAAUACGAAGAUAUCUGUCCAUCCACACACAACAUGGACGUCCCGCACGUUAAGCGCGAGGACUUCCAGCUGACCGACAUCUCCGACGACAACUACUUGUCGCUGAUGAGCGACAACGGCGAUCUGCGCGAGGAUCUCAAAGUGCCCGAGGGCGAGGUGGGCCUGCAGCUCCGUACGGAAUACGACGCUGGCAAAGACAUCCUUUGCACCGUGCUCAAGUCUUGCGGCGAAGAGGUGGUGAUUGCAGUAAAAACAAACACUGCCCUGGACAAAUAAUGGCCAACGAGAGUGGGGUGUGGGGGCCAGAGUCAAGUAAAAACAACAACAACAACAACACACAAAAAAAUAAUAUCCAAACAACAACCUACAAUCAGCAACAUCGGCAUGUUUGUUUUUUGCGAAAGCCCGCCUAAAGGCGGUCCCCUGCUACAGCUACUACACACAUAUUGGACCAGUUGUAUCAAAAAAUUUAAAAAUAUAAAAAUACUUAAAAAAAUACUAAGCUUACACCGUUUUUUGUAACGGAACGGGCUAUACCUAGCAUCUAAUGUAUAACAUCUUGUAUUUUGUUGGCAAAACUACUUUUGCGCAAAAGAAAACAAAAACUGUUCAAUAAAAUUUAAUUUAAUUUUUAAACUGUAAAUUUUUUUUAUUAUUAUUUUUACCAUUGGGACUGCCUAUUCCGACCCUACACCCAUACAACCGUUAAAAACCUUUUAGUUAGCAACAAAACCAACGAAUAAGCAGUCCCGAUAAAAAACACAAACACUAUUGUUGACUUUAAGUUUUUUGAAUUCAAUAAACGUAUAUAGCAAUUUUUUUAACACUUGUUUUUGAUAUUGUUUGUAAAUUAAGUUUUUUACUUUGAACUCGACAUUUUCAUGGCUAAAACGCGUCCUAUAAACGCUAUUUUUAUUGGAAUUGGUUAAAAUAUAUGAAAUGUGGAUUC